GUUGCGUGACUAGUUCUACGUGACAUGUCGCUGAGGUUUCUGCCGAAGCCUGCGGCUUGUACGAAAAGCUCCACAGUAUUCCUCUGUUUGYAGGACAAAGAAAGAAAGAAAGAAAUUCAAAGACUAGUAGAUUCGUACUAUAAUGCCGGGCAAAGAAGCAGAUGCACCCGAUGCACCCAGUAAACCAUAUGUUAUUGAGUGGCCAAAAUAUGAACCACUAGAAGAAUGGUUACGUACGCAGCCCACUGAUAAAUGGAAGGAAAACUUUGACAACGAUGGAUUCUUACCUUUACAUGAAGCUGUUGAGUGGAGAGAUCAACACCGACCCGCACAGGCAAGACCUUGGAUGGUACAAUCCACAGAAGAACAAGAAUCAAGAAAAUAUCUGUCAGAUAAUGUGGCCCAGUCUCUACAUCCCCACACUAAUGGAAGGUCCACUCCACGAGAGAGUCAGCGCAAUUAACAAAAUAAUUGUCGGACCUGAUGCAGUCUUUGAUUUUGAUAUGCUGAUAGCCAAGGGACCCAAUACAGACACGUCCACCCCCUGGCACCAGGAUGAGUCUUACUGGCCAGAUAUGCCUGACAAACGAACGGCUACAUGUUGGGUUGCCCUCGAUAACGCCACUGUAGACAAUGGUUGUAUGUGGUUUGUUCCUGGAUCGCACAAAAAGCCUCUGCGAGAACAUCGUUCUGCUGCCAAAGGAGCUCAUAUCUUGCAGUGUGAUUGCACCGAGGAGGAAGGAGUUCCUCAGCCCCUCCCACCAGGCUCAUGCUCAUUCCAUACGGGCAGGACACUACACUAUACACGUGGUAAUACCACUGAUAAUCUACGAAGAGCGUAUAUUACGAAUUAUAGGCCUGCCGCCAUGGUAGAAUGGGAACGAGAACACAACUUUUCUCACGGAAAACCGGGAGUUGACACAACGAAAAGAUCAGAUAAUGUCACAAUUGUGAGACGUCAUUUAUCAGACCAAAACCAAUGAACGAAGCCAAGUUCUACCAAGCUCUCUGCAUAUUGACCCAGAUGGUAAAAUCGACUAGAACUGCAUGCACAAAACCUCUAAACGAAUAUGCAUUUCUCUAAUACACUUGAUUGAACUCUGACUGAUGGGCUCAAAAUCGAGGUUUGACUUGAUGUGUUCAGAUAUUUACACAGGUAGCCUUAGUUUAUAAUGUGGAAUAUAUUUUUUUCUUUAAUUUAGGAAAUAAAUGCUAUUAACUUUUUACGAUGUCUUUUCCUGCUCUUUAUCUUGGUCUGUACUAAUAUCCAGCCGAUUUGGAGCACAUUACAAACUCUAAGGAAAAUCCCCACAAAAGCAUAGCUUGGGCUACCUGUGAUAUUUACUGUAUUUUAUCAAGUCCAACUUCAAGCCCAUUGUCACUCUGACAGCGAAUUUGGAAGAGGUCUAUUGUUAGAAAUAUUUUAAUAAGGUAUGGGAAAGAUUUUUAAUGUUUUAAAAAUGAAUAUAUACAUUAAUGAAUUUUAGAUUGAAAUCCUAGAGUACAAACACUAAAAGUGUGCAACACUUUGCACUAUUUAAUAGUAAAUAGUGCUAAUUAAACAAUAGAAAACAAUAGGAUUAGCAUAAUUUAGCAGUAUUUAGUGGUAUUUAUAUCACACACGUAUAGUGUUUGUACUCUACGAAUUAUUUGUAUAUGGGCUUUCUAAUUUUAUAGAUAAAUAUUAAAUAAUGAUCCGUAGAUCAUGUAGAUUGAUCCCAUUCAUUUCACACACUUGCUUUGAACACACUUUAAACGGGGCACUGAUGAAGAGAGUGCACAAAAAAACAGUAUAUCGUUGACUUUAUUCCUCUACCUACAGUCCGGUUCAUUACCAUUUUUGAUAAUAUGCGUGACGUCAUUUAGUGUCACAAAAUGGCCGCCAAACAAUUAUUCCUCAUCUCGGCUUAAAUAAUAAAAAGAAGUAUUGCCGGUAAGGAAUAACGAAAGUAAGCAAGAAAUUAUCAAAUAAACCCAGCACAUAAGAUUCA